CAGAGAGAUACCGAUUGAAACAUGCGUGUAUGCAAUUUUUGGUUCAUUACGUGCAUUUUUACAAUUGUUACAGUGCCAUGGAUUUGCUUGUGUGACGCUUUAUUUGUUAAAAAGUUGGUAAAUAACGAAGCCAGCGAUGGAAUCGGGAACAAACUGCAGAUGAUAUUUUACGAGGGUCAGUCUGGAGCAAACGCGAGAUCCUCCAGCUACAAAUUGUACCGGUCGAAGGAACUGAUGGGUCGUCUCGACCUGAGCAAGCCGUUCGUCUUGUACAUCCACGGUUACGAGGAGCAUCCUUCGAACGAAAGUUGUCAAACCAUAGUUUCAGCAUACCUACGAAGAGGUACGGACAAUAUUGUUUUGCUGGACUGGAGCUCGUUGGCCUUCGACAACUACAUAACCGUGUAUUUCCGUAUAAAGGACAUCGCUAGGCACACAGCCGAAGCUGUCAAAAAUUUGGUGCUCGGGGGCUUGAGCGUUGAUACGCUGCAUAUCGUAGGCCACUCCAUGGGCGGUCAGGUUGCCGGGUUUAUUGGACAAUAUUUAGAUUUUGUCCUGCCCAGGGUCACCGGCCUGGACCCGGCAAAUCCGUUGUUUUACCAUUUCGGCGCGGACCACAUCAGCGAGAAGAGUGCUCGCCAAGUGGACAUAAUACACACGGAUGGUGGCUUGUACGGGGCCUUCGAGCGCACCGGUAGGACAGAUUUUUUUCCUAACGGCGGUGGAAGACCUCAGCCCGGUUGCCAUCUCAUUGGCUUGCCCCUAUCUCCCAAAGAUCUGUGCAGUCACUGGAGGUCCUGGCGCUACUACGCCGAGUCCGUCGUUCACAACGAAGCUUUCCCGGCACUUGCUUGCAAUUCUCUGGCAUCCUUUCAGCAGGGCCUCUGCGACAAUAACAAUAUCGUCCAUAUGGGAUAUGCAAUGCCGAAGAAUACAUCUGGCACCUUUUUCUUGACAACUACUAACGCAUCUCCAUUUGGAAAAGGAAUCAACGGGGUCAGGCGCAAGGAGUAACAAGAUUUCGGACGAAUCACAUUUUGUGACAAAAUGAAUAUAUUUAAUUUUAUUUUACGCAACAAUUA